GGGAACCAGCACCAUGGCGUCUGGCUGCAAGAUUGGCCCGUCCAUCCUUAACAGCGAUUUGGCCAAUUUAGGGGCUGAGUGCCUCCGGAUGCUGGACUCUGGGGCCGAUUAUUUGCACCUGGAUGUAAUGGACGGGCAUUUUGUUCCCAACAUCACCUUUGGGCACCCUGUGGUAGAAAGCCUCCAAAAGCAGCUAGGCCAGGACCCUUUCUUUGAUAUGCACAUGAUGGUGUCCAGGCCGGAACAGUGGGUAAAACCAAUGGCUGUAGCAGGAGCCAAUCAAUACACCUUUCAUCUUGAGGCUACCGAGAACCCAGGGGCUUUGAUUAAAGACAUUCGGGAGAAUGGGAUGAAGGUUGGCCUUGCCAUCAAACCGGGAACUACAGUUGAGUAUUUGGCACCAUGGGCUAAUCAGACAGAUAUGGCCUUGGUUAUGACAGUGGAACCUGGGUUUGGAGGGCAGAAAUUCAUGGAAGAUAUGAUGCCAAAGGUUCAUUGGUUGAGGACUCAGUUCCCAUCCUUGGACAUAGAAGUUGAUGGUGGAGUAGGUCCGGAUACCAUCCAUAAAUGUGCAGAGGCAGGAGCUAACAUGAUUGUGUCUGGCAGCGCCAUUAUGAGGAGUGAUGACCCCAGAUCUGUGAUCAACCUGUUAAGAAAUGCUUGCUCAGAAGCUGCUCAGAAACGUUCUCUUGAUUGAUGAAACCACAAGGAGUUGAUGCCCAUGAAAUCUUUUUACUGGACGACAAGAAUAUUGACUAUCAAAUCCUAUCACAGCUGAAGCAGUGCUGUUUUUCUGAGCAGCUAUUCAUUCCAGUGACUAAAAUCUAUUCUGCAGAAUGUUUCAAGAGGUUAGAAAUUGGUGUGUAUAACUACAUUUUUAGUGAUGGAAUUUAAAGAUUAGUGUGGUAAAAUACCAUUUUUACUGGGAGACUUGAUUUUUAUAAAGUAAAAAUGUGGCUGUAUUAAGGUUGUAAACAAAAAUGUGUCUUAAAGCCUAAUGAAGGUGUACUAGUUACUAUGAAAAAA